UGUUGCAUACUUGAGUGGGGGACUCCAUCAGAGAGUCACUAGAUCAUAGGAUAGUCGGGCAGAGACACGCUGGAUUUGACUGUGAUAACAUCCGAUAAUAAUGGCCGAUCCAACCUUACAAACGUUUUGCUGUCAUCACACAAACCGAACGGAUAGGGCGAUAACACUAAUGCAGGAGUUUAAUACAGACGCGUACAACACGGUGUGUAUGCUUUCGUCGACGAUGGGAAUGAUAGGCGCGAUUUAUCAGGUACUACCCCGAGAAGAUUCGAAUAGCUCUUUUCGUUGGAGGGGCUUUUUCAGAGGCCGAGAUAUUAUUGUACGGCUCGCUGUUGCCGAUCUCUUAGCGUCUUUAGGUGUGUUUGUGAGGUCGGUGCUGUGGAGAAAUUUUAAGUCUAUUAUGCCAAUGGAGGGUGAUACGUCAAGUGUUGUGUUUUGUGCACUGUCUUCGGCCUGGAUUCAAUAUUUCUACAUGGCUACAUGGAUAUGGACGUUAUGUUACGCGGUGGACAUGAAGUUACUUUUGGGAGACAAAAACGGAUAUCCUGUGUACUAUCACGUUUUUGCCUGGAUACUACCUGCCGUUCUCACCUCGUUCGGAUUAAUCAUUUUGUACAUCCCCGAUGCAAAUUGUCACAGCUUGACAUCAUUAUCUAGCGCGAUACUACGUAUUCUUCCAAACUACUGUGCCACAUAUGUGCUGCUGACAGUGGUGAUGAUUGCAAAUCCUAUUUUGUACAUCGCAUCAACUAGAGAUUUCGAAACAGCAGUUCUGUACAGCAUGGCUCAAAUGACUGGAAGAGAACGGAGGUUGAUACAAACAAUUAGAUUAAAAUUCGCUCUCAUCAAUCUGGUUUACUACGUGUGCUGGAUACCGAAUUUAAUUAACGGAGUAUUGCUGUGGACCUUGUGGUUUCAGUUACCGAUCAGGGUGAUCAUCACUUUAUGGUAUAUAAUGGCUGUGACGAAUCCUCUUCAAGCGUUCUUUAACGCGAUCGUUUAUCAGUCGUGGACUAGAAGGGAAAAAUUACGUUUUGAAUGUUGUCAAGAUUUCAAAUCAAGCACUAUCAAUCUAAAUGCGAUCUCCAAGAUAAAUAGCAACGUGCAGCUUUCCGAAUCGUCUCCGUUGUUGAAUCCAAGAACAGAACACAGACAUAAAAUACCGCACGUUAGUAUAAACGGAUCUUCAUCUCUGUGAGAAACAGAGUUCACUGCCAGAAAUGUAAAUAAAUGUAUAUAUGCCAUAUAGUGUUAAAAGGAAAUUUUAAUAUAUAAAGUCAUUAAAAUGUUCACGUUAUAAGAUCA